AUGUUCCAAACCUUUGGCUGGUAUCUUUUCUCCGCAUGGUGGUUUAGUGAAGUGUAUAUAUUGUCGUCGUCGGAAAGUGCGGAACUCAAUUGGGUCAAACCAGGAAGACCCUUUGAACGAGCAAAGCUCAAUGAAAGACCAAUAUAUCUUCAUUGCUAUUACGCCAUUCUAGCUAUUUCUCAAGCUCUACUUCACCUCUAUUUCGACUGGGAUAGGCUCCACAUUCCCAUAACCAAAUCAGCGGAUCAAAAUACACAUGCUCUGGAGCCCCCAACUGUCAAGAUCCGAAAGGCUCUACCCCAAAUACUCUACGAUGCUGCAAUAAGGAGCUCAGUAACAUCUGUUGUGGGUCCUUUUAUCUAUAUGAUUUUCCUGCGACGCACCGCUUGGGGCUGGGCGCUUUCUUUCGCAAAGCUUUUCUGGAAUUUCCCCCGCUCCGCCGCGGAACCCCCAGGCUUCAUUCCACCACUACAUAUUCACCUGUUGUUUCGAGCAGCUACUUCUGGUGCGCUUCUUGUUGCACUAUGGCAGGUCUCUAAUCUUCUGUUCUCCACAUUCUUGGGCCAAGCACCUUUAAAAAAGGGCCAGCCAUUGACAAACGAAUCCAAAGACCCCAAUGGCAGCCUAAUAAACGGGUUGAAGGCAAAGAAAGACAUCGUCAAAUCAUUUGCAUUCUGGGAACUCUGCUUAAUCAGCCAACAGUUUCCUGAACGCCGCAAGAUAAUCUUUGCUGACAUAGACCGUACCGGUGGUUCAGCAUGGGGCCAAAUUCUCGACGCGUCGGUGAACGUUAUCAAGGGGAUGACCUCUCGAAUAAACGAGUACCGAAACCCAACACCACCAACGAUUCCAGACUCCUCUCCUCCCUCCCAAAAGCACGCAAUUACUUCUAGCAGCAGUAGUAAUGAGCAGCUAACCGUUAUCCAAACUUUACCUCGUCUCUCCUCUCCACCAAGGCAAGAAAACAUUUUCGUAGCCUCAUCCAAACCCACCACCGGCCCAGCAAAAUUAGAAUCCACUCUCGGCUCUGUAGUCAAAUCGUACGGCCAGUCUCCAGACUGGACACCAGCCGCGCGCCACCAGGCUCGCAACAUGCUCAACCGUGCCGCAACUGCUGUCCUAAGUCCCGAGCAGAAAAAGCGCAUAUCCUCCUCUGCACAAGAACUCAAACUCCUCACGGGCCCACCCACCAACAGGAAAACAGGACGACCUGCCACCCACCCUAUCAUUCACCAAAUCCUCAGCUCGCUCGUGGGCAUGCCCUUCCGACAAUCUUAUGCACGGCGACUACGCAUUCUCGUUCUUGGCACUCCGUACUCCAGUCUCGCCCCCAUCGUCAGCGUGGUGGAGUCACUUACCCGCCUCCUCAUCGCGAGUCUGAGAGAGGACCAGUUCGGAAAAGUACAGCAGGACAUCGCGACUGUUGUACGCCUGUUUACAGAAACCGUAACGGUGCUCGACACAUUUACUAGUGUUGGCGAAGGGGGGCUCGAUAUCCAUUGGACGGAUGUUGAUUUCCCUUCUGAGGCAGAUGUGGAUGGCGAAGCGCAGAAGCAAGCGAGGAAGGUGGAGGAGGUAGAGAUUAUAAAGGAGGCGUUGAGGGGUGGUUUGGCGGAGCUGCUGGAUGCUUUUAAAUUGUAUUUGGAGGAUGUGGGGAUUUCGGAGAAGGAUUUGAGAAUGGCAAGGGAGGCGGCCGGCUUGGUAUGA